GUUGCAGUUUCUCCAAGUGUGCACAGCAAGCACCCCCUAUUGAAUAUCUGGGAGUGCAGCCUGAAAUCUUAUUUUUAACAGUCUCUCCAUGGGAUUCUUUGCCCACAGAAGGUGGAGGACCCACUGGUAUAGGCACCCUGGUUGCCCAUUGUCAGACCCUACCCUCCAGGGGAUUCACAUCUAGUGAUGUACGAUGUACGUUUAGAAACCAACAUUUGUUGAAUUCCUAAGUGGCAGGUGUAUUAGAAUCUUUUGAAAACCUCACAUUUAUCAUCUAUAAAGUAGAUAUCCCCACUUUAGGUUAAGAGGAAACUGAGGCUCAGAAGAAUGGCUUCCCAAGGGUUGGUAAUUUGGGAAGAGACACAGCCCGCUGCCUCCUCUGAGCACAUUCUGGUCCCCUUGUGGGCAGCACUAGAUAGGGCAACCUGGGGCAACGGUGAAGGGCUGAAUUUUGAGCUUGAAAGCAUUUGCUAAUUUCCACCCUGUGGUGCUUCUCUCCCGGACAGACAACUAACUUCAUGGCAAGUACGAUCCUGUUUGGAGGUGGGCUAAGAGGCUCACAAAAAAUAACAUUUCUCUGAAUAAAAGGAAUACUGGGGGGUGGUUUGGGGAGAUAAAGCCACAGGAAAGGCCAAGCCUCACACCUACAAGAUGUCUCUUAAAACAGCUCAGCCCAGGUGGCACUGCUGUGUUAGAUACCACACAAAUCAGGUACUCAAAACAGAACCCUAUUCUGUGGGAAGGUGUUAUCCAAGAAGCAGUAACCAGAAGAGAAGGGACAAAGGAACAUCUAAUUAAGUCCUGGUGAGCAGGUAAGAGGAGUGAUUUGGGAGAGUUCGCCCCCAUUUCCUUCCUCAGCCUCUGUGUUUGCACAGAGUAGGGGCUGACCCAGGUAGUGCCAUGGUCCUUCCAACCUCAGCAUCCUUGCAGGAUAAGCUGAGCCCUGCAGGUGCGCAUGCACGCAUGCGCGCGCGCGCGCGCGCGCACACACACACACGAUUACCAUGCAGAGGAUCCACACCAGACUCUUUUAUAGACUCAUAAUCAGUGAAAUAUGAUUAACCGAACAAACAUAUAAUGUCUUAGCGUGGAAUUAAAAAACUCGACUUUAACAAGAUGAUAAAAUGGCAUAUUAGAGAGAUGUGUAGAACAAAUUAUUAGUAUUUAUGUAACUGAAUAGCUUUGAUUUCCUUCAGUAGGAACUGACAGCUGGCUGACAAAAAACCCACCCAGGGAGAGAAAAGACAUAAGUGAAGUAUGAAAUUUUGAAUAACGUUUUCAGGUAUUGAUUCUAACUUCUGAAGAUGGAUGAAGGUGUAGAGAUUUCAAGUGAUGGAAAUUCCCUCAUCAAAGCAGUCCAUCAGAGCCGGCUUCGCCUCACAAGACUCUUGCUAGAAGGUGGUGCCUACAUUAAUGAAAGCAAUGACCGUGGGGAAACACCUUUAAUGAUCGCUUGUAAGACCAAACAUGUUGAUCACCAGAGUGUCAGUAAAGCCAAAAUGGUUAAAUACCUGUUAGAAAAUAAUGCUGAUCCCAACAUACAGGACAAAUCUGGGAAAACUGCUUUGAUGCACGCUUGCCUAGAAAAAGCUGGUCCUGAAGUUGUUUCUUUGCUCCUAAACAGUGGAGCUGACCUCAGUUUGCAAGACCAUUCUAGUUACUCAGCCCUUGUGUAUGCUAUAAAUUCAGAAGAUAGAGAGACCCUCAAAGUUCUACUUAGUGCUUGCAAGGCAAAAGGGAAAGAGGUCAUUAUAAUAACAACAGCAAAAUCGCCCUCUGGUAGGCACACCACCAAACAGUACUUAAAUAUGCCUCCUGCAGAUAUAGGUGGGGGUCACUUCCCAGCUGCCUGUGCUACUCCUUCAGAAAUAGACAUAAAAACAGCCUCACUGCCACUUUCACAUUCUUCUGAAACUGAAAUGACACUUUUUGGCUUUAAAGAUCUGGAGCCCUCAGGAAACGGUGAUGAUACAGGGGACCCAGGCUCCCCUGGGAGAAAGCCUGCUAUGGCCCCUAAUGGGCCCAAGCUCCCCCAGGCUCCACCCUGGAUCAAGAGUCCUCCCUCAUUCAUGCAUCAGAACCGAGUGGCCUCCUUGCAAGAGGAGCUCCAGGAUAUUACUCCAGAGGAAGAAUUAUCCUACAAAACCAAUGGGCUGGCACUUUCCAAGAGAUUCAUCACUAGGCACCAAAGUAUUGAUGUAAAAGACACUGCUCAUUUGCUAAGAGCCUUUGAUCAGGCCAGCUCAAGAAAGAUGUCUUAUGAUGAAAUAAAUUAUCAAUCCUUUUUUUCAGAGGGAAGUCAGCAAUGCGUUGAAAUCCCUGCUGACCAGGAUCCAGACUCUAACCAGACAAUAUUUGCUUCUACCUUAAGAAGUAUAGUUCAAAAAAGAAACUCGGGGGCAAAUCACUACAGCUCUGACUCCCAGCUCUCAGCUGGUCUUAUCCCUACAACUUCAGAAGAUGGCAAAGCACUUACAGGAAAGAAAAAGAUCCUCUCACCAUCUCCUUCCUUGUUGUCGGGAUCCAAAGAAUUGUUGGAAAAUAUCCCCCUAGGUCCCCUGAGUAGGAGAAAUCAUGCACUUUUAGAAAGGCGUGGUUCAGGAGCUUUCCCUUUAGAUCACGGUAUUACACAAAUCAGACCAGGAUUUCUGCCCCCCCUAAAUGUGAAUCCUCACCCUCUCAUCUCAGAUAUUAAUGCCAACAAGAUUUCCAGCCUUCUUCCUUGUGGUCAAAAAGUGUUUAUGCCAACAGUUCCUAUUUUCCCUAAAGAAUUCAAAAGUAAAAAAAUGUUGUUCAGGAGACAAUCUUUGCAAACAGAACAAAUUAAGCAAUUAGUAAAUUUUUAAGAGAUGGCUGGAAAACACAUUUUGUUCAAAUGUCUAUAUCAGAAAAACAACUUGAGAAGAAAUCUCAAAUCUUCAUCCCUUUAAACCUUGUAAUUGAUUAGCCCAUAAAAGUUAAGGAAAUCAAAAUGUACUGUGUAUCAUACUAGGUAUUGUGGACACACAAAUGAUAUAGUUUCUGUGAAGGGAAUUCUAACAAAGUUAUUUAGUAAAGUGAUUUUUCUCAAAACCUCCAAAAUUUAAGAACUUCCAUGUAGUCCAAGUUUUUAAUUUCAAUAAAAAUCAGCAAAGAAAGGUCACAGAUGUUAGAGUUAACUUUUUUUUUAAUUUCAGACUUUCCAAAUAUUUUAGUAGGCAACAUUGUACUCAAGUCAAUAAUUUUUUUUAAAUUUCAAAUCAAUAAAUAAAAUUGUAAUUUUCCAUAAUGCCAAAAGCUUAAAUGAAAACUGACAGCUAUAAAAUGCUCUCUGAUCAA